AUGGCGAGCGACCGAGCGUCCCUCAACGUCGGUUACAUCACAGGGAUCAAGAGUGACUCGAAGCCGAAGUACGGAACCACGGAAAACGAACCUCGAGUCGAAGCCGAAAGUCCGGAACAGGAAACGAACCUCGAGACGAAAGCGAAGUCGGAAACAGCGAAACGAACUCGCAGACGAAGGCCGAAGAUCCAGGAACAGGAAACGAAAACCUCGAGUCGCAAGCCGACAGUCGGGAACAGGAAGGAACCUCGAGACGAAGCCGAAGUCGGAACAGGAAACGAACCUCGAGACGAAGCGAAGUUCGGAACAGGAAGCGAACUCGAGACGAAGCCGAAGUCGGAACAGGAAACGAACCUCGAGACGAAGCCGAAGUCGGAACAGGAAACGAACCUCGAGUCGAAGCCGAAAUCGGAACAGGAAGCGAACCUCGAGACGAAGCCGAAGUCGGAACAGGAAACGAACCUCGAGACGAAAAUCGGAACAGGAAGCGAACCUCGAGACGAAGCCGAAGUCGGAACAGGAAACGAACCUCGAGACGAAGCCGAAGUCGGAACAGGAAACGAACCGAAGUCGAACAGGAAACGAACCUCCGAGUCGAAGCCGAGAGCGGAACAGAAACGAAAACUCGAGACGAAGCCGAAGUCGAACAGGAAACGAAGCCUCGAACGAAGCCGAAGUCGAACCUCGAGACGAAGCCGAGUCGGAACAGGAACGAACCUCGAACGAAGCCGAACGUCGAAGUCGGAACAGGAACGAACCUCGAGACGAAGCCGAAGUCGGAACAGACGAAAGCGAAGGAAGUCGGAACAGGAAGCGAACCUCGAGACGAAGCCGAAGUCGGAACAGGAAACGAACCUCGAGACGAAGCUUCGAAGCCAGGAGUCCAGAGCGCGAAAGAGACAAUGA